UAUUAAAAACUCUUGUCCUUCAAUUUCUAAUACUGUGUUUAUAAACUGCAGUAAUGUGAGCUAAUCUCAAUGGUUUAAGUGUGUAGAAACAUUGUGAUAGCCAUCUAAUGGGGCUAUAAAAUUACAUAAUAAGUAGGAAACACCUACUUAGGAUUGUGUUCUUGAACAGUUAUUGUUAUAAGUGCAUAGCAUAGGACUUUUUAUAGAAGAAUUAAGUAUUGGGAAAAGUGUAUCAGUUUAUUAUAUGUAUAGGAUUUUCCAUCUUCGUUAAAUAUGUAUAUUAUAUUCGUACACGGCGGAUUGAGUCCAGUUUGUGUGAGCUCAGUGCGUGGAUCAGGUAGAUAGAAGUGAUGUUGAUGUGAUUUCCUGGUGUCCUUAGUGUUUUUUAAACAUUAGUGUGCACUGCAUCUACAGUAUAGAAAAAUAUCGACGAUUACAAAGAAGGUAUCUUCAUUUCCAGGUGUAAACGACAAUGUCGCGUCUACUCCUCGUGGCAGCAGUGUGGCUGUCCACCGCGCAUGCUGCAGCGGUGGUACCGGCCAUGAUGGAACCGCUGCUUGGUAAGCUGAGGAAAGGCAUCACGAACGACAUCGCCACUAUCGCAGAACCCAUAGAGAAGGCCCUGUUUGCUAUCGGUUUUAGUCAGUGCAGUGAAGUGAAGAAGCUGCUGGGAGUGGACUAUGCUACCUUCCGAAACCGAAUGGAGCCAGACCUAAAUGGCCUCAGUCUGGUCUUCACCACCAGAUCAGUAGAUAUCAAGUAUAAGCUAAGAGACGCAGCGCGCCUGAUCCUGCAGUCGGAGUGGUUUGACCCCAGCAAGCCGCUGAAGAUCUACCUCCAUGGCUUCUUCGACGAUCCCUCACAGGAUGGCUUCACCAAACUCAGCAAAGCGUUCCUGGAUGCAGGUGACGUGAACAUCCUGGCGCUGGACGCGAGCUCGCUGCUGGGCUGGCAGUACCUGCGCGCCACCACCAUGGUGCAGCUCGUUGGAGAACAGCUCGGGAAGCUGCUGGCUUCAUUCGUUAAAGCGGGCCUCCGUCGAUCCAACAUUCAUUUAAUCGGCCACAGUCUUGGCAGCCACAUAUCCGGGUUUGCGGGGAAGACGUUCAAGAAUCUGACCAAGCACCGGGUGGGCCGGAUAACCGGGUUGGACCCGGCCGGGCCGUGCUUCUCCAACGUGGACCUCACGUUGCGGCUCAAUAAGAAAGAUGCUCGGUUUGUGGACGUCAUACACACUGACGCUGGAGUGUAUGGGAUCGCUGAGCGAGUCGGUCACGUAGACUACUUCCCGAACGGUGGCUCCAAGCAGCCCAGCUGCCCGCCGACGCACCUGCUGGACUCCUGCAGCCACAGCCGCGCCUGGCUGCUCUUCGCGGAGUCCGUCACCAAGCCAGACGCCUUCCUCGGAGUCGCAUGUCCAGACUGGGACGCUUUUCAGAACCAACGGUGUAAUUACACAGAUUUGAGCCCGAUGGGUCUGGCCAGUCGUCCCGGCACGCGAGGCACCUACUACCUGAGCACGGCGGAGGAGCCCCCCUACGGGCUGGGCGACGGCGGCACGAGGUUUGUCAAGAGCCCGGGAGUCCUGCGGUUCUUCAUGGAUGUCUUCUCAGUGUUCACCAGGAAUCCCUGACAGUGUGUCGAACUGGACAUCGGAUUUUAUUAUUGUCCCAAAUUCCUCAAAUGUCAUGUAAAUGCUGUAGUAUUACGAAGGUCCAUGGUCAGCAUUAAUUGCUUACCAUCAGGUGAUCCAUCUGCUCGUUUGCCAUAAACAAUAUAGUCAGGGACUUAGUAGUAUUCUCUGCCUGCAGUAUCGAAUGGGCCCACAAUCAUGGACCUUGUGUAUCUGAUGCCCAGUCCAAUCGCAGUUUGAUACCUAUAAAGUUAGGUGACUUUAAUGCUGAGAGUUUCUUGUCCCUUUUUAAGUGGUAUUUAUGGCAGUUGACUACUGAAUAAUAUGUACAUAAUAAUAUGUGAAAUUAUAUGAUAUACUAUAGGUAAUAUUAAUUAGAAAUGUGUAAAGAAGCAUUUAAUAAACGGGUGUAGUGUAAUGCGUAUCGUAAAUUAAGGUUAAUUAGAUUAUAAAGAAUAAAUGUAUUGCCGUGUCUUGCCAAUAAAUGAUUUGUAUAAUUAUUUAAAAAUAAUAAAGAAUUGUCGCAGA